AUGACAUCGUUCAGGUGUUCUGUGAGUGUUGCGCAGACGCGGCUGAAGAAUCAGCAAACGUUUAUGCUGCAUCCCAGAGUGCUGGGAGUACUAUUAGAUCGUGAAGAUGAGCGUAGAGUUUGGAAACCGUCGUUCGUGGUGGUAGAUGCUGGCGUAAACGUCGAAAGAGACAAAGCACGAAAAUAUGGGCGUCAUGAGAAGAAAUUCGUACUUUUGCCUUAUCAUGAGCAACUAUCCAAUUACUUGGACGAUUACUUCGAGCACAUCAAACACGGGCUUGUGAUUUCUGUACUCGUGAACGAAAACCGACCUGCACUUAGGAAUUACAUGCUUGCAUUAAGAAAAUUCGUUGAGGCAAAUGGGUUUCGGUUUUCAAAAGGCGAUCACUUGAAGCUAAUUCAGCUGUUGUACCUUGUGAUGGUGAAGAAGGACCAGUGGCAUGAUGUGGUUCACUAUGCAGCAAAAGCACUGGAGAAAUUACUCAAUAAAUGUUAUUUUAAUCACAACGAUUUGGUGUUGGAAUGGGAGCCAGCAUACGACCUCUAUUACGGAGCAGCUUUUGGAAAAUUAGAGAACGUGGAGAGCAAUCGGAUACGUACGGCGAUAUUCCGCCUAAAGAGAUUCUAUAAACCUUCAGAUUCAGCAAAGAUUUGGAAGAGGGUACCAAAACAGUUCUAUCUAACUGACACCGAUACAAAGCUAUUCGUCGAGGCGACAAUACAAUCGCUCCUCUACUCAUUGUACUCAAAAGACGGAAAAAACGGCGAUAACCUAACCCUAAUAUUCUAUAUUAUGCCAAUUCUCGAUUAUUCGGAGUGUGUUAAAUAUCACAAGGAUCUCACGGCUGAUGAGAAAUCUCUUUGCCUGAUGUCGGCAAGAUUGCCGUUGCUGGCCGAACUGGCACUAGAUCGGAUGUUAGAAGUCAUUCAAAGUCUCUCUAUCACCUCGCCGAAAGACUCUUCAUCACAGUUGGGAAGUUUCAAGGAUGAAGCAACGAAAGAAAGUGUGGAAGAGAAAGUACUGAAGAAAGGAAUCGAUCGAUGCGUAGCAGCGUUGUUUACUAACACAGCAGCAUCCAUAACUUCGAAAAUGGCAAAGAAGGUGUUCAAUUUCAUGAAAACCAAUCAAUUUGAGAGUCAACUCGCUACUGAUAUGAUUUCCUCGUUGAUUUCGCAAAUGACUUAUGCCUCACCGUCAUUUUGGCUUCCAUUCGCCGACCAUGUGCUGCGAAACCUUCGAGAGUUGCUGACUCCUGAGGUGAAGAAUGCUGAAGACUUAGGAACGUCCACUCAGUGGUUUGUCACGUUGGCCGGAUCACUGCUGUCCACUACAAGCGAGAAUUACAUCUGUAACAAGGAAAUUUGCUUUGAGAUGAUCAAACUACUACUGGAUUGCAGGAAUAAAGUUGCUUAUUCUAGUGGCUGCAAUGGCCUCUGGUAUAUGCUGCACAUGUUAUCGCGUAUCUACCCAGAAAACUCACGUUAUGUGGCGGAACGACUCAAUCGGCCCCUUAGCGAAUGGGUGCCGAUUCGGGAGUGGUCGAAGGUGUACAAUUUCCGUGAAACAAAAAUGGCUUGGCAUGUACCCAAUGAGAAGUCAAAGGAGCUAGUGGAAGCACUUCUCACCAAAUUUCUCUUCCCUACAAUUGAGUCGCUGAAGAACAAGGACAUGGACAGAGAAUCACGGGAAUCACUGAAGAAAGCAAUCACUAUUUUAAAUUACGGGUUCAGCGGGGCGGCGACGUGCUUUGCAAUGCCGUCAUCAACAAUCUUCACGUCGUCGAACACAAUGCUGCCUUGGUACAACACGAACUCUGUCAACCCGUCAGCUGUUCAAUGGGAUAUUCGAUCUUCGUCCGGCAGGAAUUUCCGCGAAGAACUUGUUGAAACAUUGGAAAAUGUCAUAGAACGACUGGUCUCAUCGAAAAGAGAACAUAGUCAAGUGUUGAGCAACAUUAGUAGAAUCCUGUACAAUGUCAUACGCACAAGUCGCACUGAUUCGAACGAACUGGACAUUGCCGUUGGUGAACACAGCGACAUUUAUGCCUAUCUUACCACACCAAUUUCAAAGAAAUGGCAAAUCUUCGUGCUGGAAUCACAGGCUUAUAGAAAUGUUGUCGAGAGCCCGACUGCGUUGUUCACGUCAUUUCAUCUGAAAGUUUUUCGCAUACUUGCUCGGCUCACCAUCAACGACUACUCCGAAGUACGAAGUGAAACACUCUCCGUGCUGGCGGAACUCUUCAAAGAGUAUUCAAUUGCGCGAGAGUCCAUUGUAGACGAUAUUUUACCGGUGCUAACAAACCCAGAAAGCACAAAGGAGCAACUCAAGGGGGCUUUGGGCUUGAUUUCUCAGGCGGGAUGGGCCACUAGGAGUACCGUUUCAACGAAGACGAAAGUAUGGAAGGCUAUCAUUGAAAUGAAGGUGAUGGAUGAUCCGGAUGUGAUCGAGUUAUAUGACGAUCUAUGGAACGACAUUGGAAAAAUAAAAAAGCCUGCUCGGAAACACUACGUGAGAUGA